AGAUUUACUAAAUCCUUUUUGCGAACAUAAACAUUAAAUACGAUCUGGCAACGCCAAUCGUCAAUCGUGGGGGCAAUCGAUGUAUUCGAUAAGUUGCGCUGCCAAGCCGGCAAACUAGAAAUAAAGCUGCUAUAAAUGCAAAUGUUGUGCGUUUCAAAUAAAAUUCAAUAAAUAAUGGCACAAUCAAGCUCCAUGAAGCUGCUUGGCGCACGCAACAUGAGUUGCAUUGUGGAGCGCAUGGAGUGGAACAACAAAAUGGAUCUCAUUGCAUAUGGCACCGAGAAAGGUGAGGUAAUCAUACAGCGGCUGAACUGGCAGAAAAUCGUCACCUUUCCGACGCCCGGCGAGGAUGUGCGAGUGCGUUCACUUAGCUGGCAAAUGGAUGAGACACUGUUGGCGGUCGGUUAUAGCAAUGGAAAGGUGGCGCUGCUGGAUGCCGAAAGCGAAACCAUAAUAUCGGGCCUAAUCUACGAUGAUGACAUCAAGAAGGUAUACUUCAGCAAGGCGAUCAACUGCAAGGAGAGCCUCGACAGCUACACAUGCAAUGCAAAGGACAAGCACAGACGGUAUUUACCGAAACUGCCUCCGCUAACCAAUAUCGAUCCGUGCCUGAAGACGCUCGAUCAGAAGUCAUUUCCCAAGGGCUCGCCCUGUUUUCUGGUGGUUAUUAUGCGCAGCGGUAAAGUGCAUUUACUGCUCCUUGGCGCCCUGCAGGCGGGCAGCAUUGAUCUCACACAGCAUGUACUAAAUCCGGAUCAAUUCGAUGUGUACGAUGUGCGUCUCAAUGGCGACUUUAAUGCCAUCUAUGCACUACUUCGUGAUGGCCAACAGCUGAAGCUGUUGCAUUUUCAUAAUCAGGUUCUGCAGGAUUCCAUAUCACCCAUGCUGGAGCUGGCUUCCCACUGUGCCCACAUACUAGAGACCAAAAAUUACAUCAAUGACACACAACAGUGCCUGACGGAAGCAUGGGAGACGGUCCAACUGGAAAUGGACAACAAGCUGACCAAGUAUGCCAAUUCGCAGGCAUAUGGCAUGAUAUCGGCACACUUUCUGGAGCUGCUCGUAUUCGGUUACGCCACCCUGGAGGUCGAGGAGUUUCUGUUCGAAACGUUGACGGAGAAGGGCUUCAAGAAGAUAGCCAACUCAGUCGAUCUGAGCCUCAACAAUUUGCAGGGCCUGGUCUUCAAGCAGCUAAACGGAGCCGCCAUUAACAUGUUUUACUUUCUCAAUACAAUUGCGGGCUUUGGACGCAUGACGCAUUUCUUUGAGGCACUCAUCUCGCCGGAUGUGGCCAGCGAGGCGAUGCGCGCUUGCGGCUCCUAUUUGCUGAAAGUCCAUGAGCUGCAGCGCACGAUUGACACGUUGGUUUAUGACAUGAAGCUGUUUCACUCUUGGAUCAUAUUCACUAUACUGCGCCUGUCCCAUCAAGAGAUACCCGAUGAUAUGGUCUUUACCGGAAAGGAGAAUGUUGCACUGGCUGAAUUCUUUUGCGCCAUGGAGCCCGAUAUCCCGGAACCCAGUGAGGGCGAUGACGGCAUUGAGGAGAAACCGGCAACAGCGUCUGGCAUAGCAGGAGAGGAUUCGUCUGGUGAUGCCAGUCCAAGUCCGACGCUAACCCCGCGCAGUAAAUUCAAUUUGGAGCGCGUUGGCCAAUAUCUGGAGAAUUCAUAUCUAACCCAGCUGCAGACAGUGAACCCAGACGAACUCUGGCCACGCCUGCUAGCCGAAAACGAAUGCCUGGCGCAGUGCAACCUGUUUGUGCCACAUGACAAGAAAUUGUCACUGAUACAGCAGCGCGACAAAAUGUUUAACGCCAUCGACGCAGUGUUCCAUAAGCCCACGGAAAGCAUUAGUGCCAGCUUCAAGCUGAGCACAGCUGUGAUAUGCAGUGAUCUGCAACAGUAUCCGAACGAAUCUGCCGCUGACCCGGAACAGCAAUCCAAUUAUGAUUUUGUUAAUUGCAGCUACCAUGUGCACGAGGCGACCAAAUGUGAUAUGCUGGCGUUGACAAUCAGCCUACAAGAAGCCAUGGUGUUGGAAUUCAGUCGCGGCGAUGAUUACUUGUUGCGCUGCACGCGCGUACAUCUGCAGCCUGGCCCGAUCACGCCUCAGCUGCAGGAGGACUACUACAAUCUGCGCUUUGUCGAUCUCCAAUUCUACAACGAAUCCUCCAUAUCCAUGCUGGCGCAGACGUCAACGCCUGCCACCGGUAUACGUCCACACAGCUAUUUUGUGCAGUUCUCGUUGAGCGCAUCGCGCAAUCACUGCACACAGCAUCAGUUGGCACCCCUCAUGAAGCUACCGGAGGCGACGGUGACGCACAGCGUCCACGAUAUACCGGAUGCGGCCACAUUUAAAGGCCUCGACGGUGUCUGUGAAAUGUUGGCCGUCUCCGGUAGCCGCAAGGUGGCCACCGUUCUAUCUGAUCGCCGGCGCAAGAUGACCAUAUACGAAAUGGAGAUAGAGGAGGAGGAGGAUGACACGGAAAUGUCCCAAGCGUCGUUCCUAGAGAUCAGCAAAGAGUCUGUGCUGGCCACCUGCUCCAACGAAGCGGAUAAAGCAGACACGUAGUAUUAACCAGCCAGUGAAUG